CUCUGGUCAAGGCUUAAUUAGUUCAGAUCAUGUUCCAUGGCCAUGAAAAUGCACAGAGCUUAGGCACAUGGCAAGCCCACCAUCUUGUGCCGUUCUCUGGACUCUGUUUUUGCUUUUGAUCCCAACCGGCAGCUGGUUGAAGGGCGCCGAGUGCCGCUUCCGGCGGCAGGCCGAAAAAGAUGUUGAUUGGCCGCCGGCCACCUUCUUCAUCUUCGGCGACUCUUACUUCGACGCCGGCAACAACAACUACAUCAACACAUCCACUCUCGACCAGGCCAACUUCUUGCCCUACGGCGAGACAUUCUUCCACUUCCCCACCGGCCGAUUCUCCGACGGCCGUUUGAUCUCAGACUUCAUCGCGGAGCAGGCGGGGCUGCCGCUGGUUCCGCCGUUUCUGCAGCCGGGAGCGGAGGAGAACUGCUACGGCAAUGGAGUCAACUUUGCAUCGGCGGGAGCGGGGGCUCUGGUUGAGACCUUUCAAGGUUGGGUAAUCAGCCUGAGAAGGCAGUUGAGCAAUUACAGAAAGGUAGAGCGGCUGUGGAGGCAUGAAUUGGGGAAGCGGGAGGCCAAGAGGGCCAUGUCCAGAGCCAUCUACUUGUUUAGCAUUGGAACCAAUGACUACUUCACCCUCUUUCUAACCAAUUCGACCAUUCUCCCCUCCUCUUCUCAUUCCAGUUAUGUUGCCAUGGUCAUUGCCAACUUAACCACUGCCAUUACUGAGGUGUACGGAGGAGGGGGUAGAAAAUUUGGGUUCUUGAAUCUGGGGCCGUUGGGUUGCCUUCCAGGCCUCAGGAUCCUCCAACCAGAAGACAAUGGCGGCUGCUUGGAGGAAGCUUCACGUCUUGCAGAGCUGCAUAACGAAGCACUCUCAAAGAUGCUGAGAAGGCUAGCUAGCCAUUUGAAGGGCUUCAAGUACUCGCUCUAUGACUUCAACAGCCAUGCCAGGCAGCUAAUGAACGAGCCCUCCAAAUAUGGAUUCAAGGAAGGCAGGACAGCAUGCUGUGGGACAGGAAGGUUCAGGGGAGCAUACAGCUGUGGAGGAAGAAGACCAGUGAAGAAGUUCGAGCUGUGUGAGAACCCUAAUGAAUAUGUAUUCUGGGACUCUUUCCACCUCACAGAAAGGGCUUACAAUCAUAUGGCAGAUCAAAUGUGGGCAGGUGCCCCUCCUCUCGUCAAGCCCCACAAUCUCAGACAUCUAUUUCGCAAUUGAUUAAAAGAAGAUGUUUGUGCUAGUUAUUCAAAGAACGUCAUUGUUCAUUGAUUAUUAUUUAUUGCCCCCUUAUAUGCUAAGAUAUUGUUUGCUAUUCAAGAUAUAGUAUGAAAAAGUGAGACAUGAAAGAGUAUUGUAGACAAAAAUAUUUUCUAUUUUAUUUGUUAAGUUUAUCUCGUAAUUC